GGGGAGCCAGGAGGGAAGGGGUGUGCCAUUAUAAGAAGCCUCAGAGGAGGCAUGCGUGCAGUUGUUGAAACACUUAGGAUACGAGCUGAGCCACCAAACUGUCUUGUAGCCACAGUAUAGGACCGAGAGACGCCACAGAUACAGGUAACAGGCUGGACCCAGAUCGCAGGCUCUGAAUCUCCCACAUUCUCCAGCUGCUGAGUGCCGUUCUCUUCUGGGUGUGCUGAGCGAUGAGGAUCACUCUGUGGUGCCUGGCAGUGCUGCUGGCAUGCCUCUUCCACCCCGGACACAGUGACUGCCAGGACCAGUGUGUGGCCUGUGGUGCACUCCUGCAGCAGCAGCAGCAGCUACAGCAAGCCUUCAACACCAUGGUGUGUUUUCUUGAGUGUGAGGGUCACGUCUCCUCCUCCUUCAUGUGGGAGCUGUGCAAAAGUGCCGUGGAAUUGUCGCGCCGCCCUUCAUUUUCAGAGGGGGGCACUGUCUCCAAGAGAACAGGGGAGGAGAUGGAGCUGACCUCUCUUGACCUGAACUCUCGCAGUCAGCUGCUGCAAUCUGCAUCGGCAGAGCCCUUCCAGGAGGGGGAUCACGAUGAGCCCCCAUUUGAGCCACGCAGCAUUCAGUAUGACUCAUCACUGCUGGAAUCCUCUGAGGAGGGGGAGGGCCUGCCGGGCCUGGAUGUCAGCAUGGAGGAUGGAGAGAGGAAGCUGAGAGAGGAGAGGAAUUUGGAGAGCCAGUUAGAACGGGAUGAGGGCGCAGCCUCAGAGGUCACCACCUUAUCCAAGCGCUUUGGCGGCUUCUUGAGGGGGCGCCACGGAUACAGGAAGCUGAUCGGCUCUCCCGUGAGACCGCUGCAGAAGCGUUACGGUGGGUUCAUUGGGGUCCGCAAAUCUGCCCGCAAAUGGAACAGUCAGAAACGGGUCAACCAGCUGCUCAGGCAGUACCUGGGGAUGAGGAGUAAUCGCAGUGGGAGGUUCAACGGGAUUCCUGUAACCAGAGUUUGGAGGCAAAACAAACUCUAAGGCCGUUGCUCUCGUGAAACCUGCGGCCCUCGUCUGUACCGGGAUGCUGCCGCAGAAUCCUGCUCCGGUUACCUCAGCCAAUCAUGUUUCCAGCAGCUCACUCAGAUUUUGAACUGUGACGUCGCCAUCGUGAGAACGGCCACCAUCAAUGCACCUCUCUUUGUGUCUCUAAGUAACAAGGAAUGUUUUAACCGUGAUGUCCUUCUCAAGCCUAUUUUCAUGCAAUUCUGUGAAAUAAAAGAAUUAGAGAAGUCCACUUGAA